GACCACUUACGCCAGGACAAAAUUAACUUUCACCUAUGCCUCCUAUGUCGCACGUUGUCCGAACUCUGCUCGUAGCGCUCUUAGUUUCGGCCUCGGCCGCCGCUUCCAGCCACCCAACUUGCAAGUAUGUGGAAGAGUACUUCCCCGACUGCUUGGAUUUUCUCGUGGGGACUUACUACAUCCCACCUCGGCGAUGCUGCAGGAGCGUUGGGGCUCUCAACUACAUGGCGAAUCACUUGAUGGGUCCGCAAGUGAUUUGCCAGUGCAUCGAGGCGAUGGUGACACGAACGAAUCCUCCGCUGAUGGCCUCCCGGAUCGAGUCUCUUCCUAAGUACUGCGCCACCCACCUCAGCUUCCCCAUUUCCACCGCCAUGGAUUGCUCUAGGGUUGGCUAGGAGGAUAAUUCAGGAGCCUGUUCAGGUGGAUUCAGCAAGAACUGGUCCUGACAGAGAGAAGAAUUUGGGGGGUCUCGACUUGUAGUAUUCAUAAAUUGAAGAAUAAUUGACUUGUGGCUACUUUAUGUCAUGGGAAUAAAUUUGAUGCAGUGGAAUUUAACUUGAUAUUGAACAAUUCAGCUGAUCUGUAAGAUA